GAUAAAUCAAGCUCAGAAUCUAAACUUCACCAUAUCUAAGGCAAUAUCAGAACCUUUAGGAUGUUUACUCAAAAAUGUGUCGGGAAGGUGUCUCGAAUAAAAAAAAGAGUCAGGAAAUUGAACUCAAUAAACUUGAUGCUAAAUGGUCAGCCAUAUGGAGACAACUUUCUCCAGAUAAUUCCUUACAUCCCACCAAGCAUUUGGUUAAUGAAAAAGCCGAACCUUUUUAUUCACUCUCCAUGUUCCCUUAUCCUUCAGGUUUGUUGCAUAUGGGCCAUUUAAGAGUGUAUACCAUAAGUGAUGUGGUUGCAAGAUUUAAAAGACUUAAAGGUUACAAUGUUGUCCAUCCAAUGGGGUGGGAUGCUUUUGGUCUUCCAGCCGAAAAUGCCGCAGUAGAAAGAGGAAUGGACCCAGCCAUAUGGACCGAAAGUAAUAUCAAGAAAAUGAAAGAACAAAUGAGUUUAAUGCUUGCCGAUUUUGAUUGGGACCGAGAGAUUUCAACAUGUUCCCCAGAAUUUUACAAGUGGACCCAAAAGAUAUUUUUAUUAUUAUUAGAGCAUGAUUUGGUUUAUCGUAAAGACGCAGAAAUUAAUUGGGAUCCAAUAGAUCAAACUGUUUUAGCUAAUGAACAAGUGGAUGCCGAAGGCAGAUCAUGGAGAUCUGGUGCUAUUGUAGAAAAAAGGAACCUUGAGCAGUGGUUCAUCAAGAUCACCAAAUAUGCAUCUAGCUUGAACAAAGACUUAAAUGUUUUGGACCAAUGGCCGGAAAAAGUGAAGACCAUGCAGCGUCAUUGGAUUGGCCAAUCCAAUGGGGCUCAAAUAACAUUCAAUACUGAUGCCUCCGCAAAAUCACAGAUUAAAGUUUUCACCACCAGACCAGAUACCUUGUUCAGUGUACAGUUUGUUGCUUUAGCUUUAAACCAUCCUAUUGUUUUGAAAGCAGCAGAAUCAGAUCUUGAAUUACAGAAAUUCAUUGAAGAAGCAGCAGAUGCCCCUGCAGAUUCCAAAGAUGGAUAUAUGUUGAAAAGUAUACGUACUUCUAUACCUAUAGAUACUAAUAACAAGAAGUACACAAAUUUUGAUGUUCCAAUAUAUGCGGCUCCUUAUGUUAUUGGCUCUUACGGUCAUGGGGCCGUCAUGGGUUGUCCUGCUCACGAUGAAAGGGAUGCAGAAUUCUGGAAACUUCAAAAUCCUGAAAUUCCACCGAUUCCUACUGUUGGGCCUUCAAAAAUUAAAUCCAAAUUAGCUAAGGUUUUUACAUCCAAAAAUGGAGUUUUAUACGACAGUUCCAAGCUUGAAAAUGGCCGUGCAGACAUGGGAGAAUAUAAUGGAAAGACCUGCAAACAAGCUGCUGAGGAAAUAGUUAAUGCCUUGGAGUUGCAACAAUUGGGUUCAAAGUCUACCCAACUUAGAUUAAGGGACUGGCUUAUAAGUCGUCAAAGGUAUUGGGGUGCUCCGAUACCGAUAGUUCAUUGUAAUGAUUGCGGUAUUGUCCCAGUUCCAGAUGAACAGUUGCCUGUUUUGUUACCAAAAGUUGAACGUGCUACUUUCGAUAAAGGAAAUCCUUUGGGCCAAAUGGAGUCGUUUGUGAACACUAAAUGCCCUUCAUGCGGUGGUGAUGCUAAGAGAGAUACUGAUACAAUGGAUACAUUCAUGGACUCUUCAUGGUACUUUUUCCGUUAUUUAGACCCCCGCAAUACCAAAAAGCCCUUUGAAGCUAGUAAGGUGAACAGUCAUUUGCCUGUUGACAUGUAUAUCGGUGGUGUGGAACACGCUAUCUUACAUUUACUUUAUUCUAGAUUUAUUGGAAAAUUUUUGGCUGAUGCAAACUUAUGGGACGGUCUGUCACUCAAAAAUGAGCCAAUUAAACAGUUGGUCACACAAGGUAUGGUACAUGGUAAAACCUAUACUGAUCCAACAAAUGGACGCUUCUUGAAACCAAAUGAAUUGGAUUUAUCGAAUCCCUCUGAACCAAAAAUUAUUGAAUCAGGGUUGAAACCAUUGAUUUCGUAUGAAAAGAUGUCUAAAUCGAAGUACAACGGCGCUGACCCUGCUGAAUGCAUUAGAAAGUAUGGAGCUGACGCGACUAGAGCACAUAUGCUUUUUCAAGCUCCAUUACAUGAUGUUUUAAACUGGAACGAAGAGCAGAUACAAGGCGUUGAUCGUUGGUUACGUAAAGUUUUAGCCAUGGAGAAAAACAUUGUUAAACUUGUGAGAGAACAGCCAACUCGCCCUUCUAAUGAAAAAGUAUCAGAAAUUAAAGACGUUGAGUUAGAUGGUGUAAAAUUUGCUUCCAUAAAUUUUAAUGACCAUGAAUUUGAACUCUAUAACAACAUAUCAACUCUCGUGAAUUCUGUUUCUAAAUCGAUAGAGGAAGACUUAACUUUCAACACAAUUAUUUCUGAUUAUAUGAAAGCUACCAAUAGCAUAUAUAACUCUUUAAAAAACAAUGUUUAUAUAAAUCCAUUAUUAUAUUUGGAUGCAUACAAAAAGCUUCUUAAGGUAAUGUCUCCAGUGACUCCUUGUGUGUCUGAAGAGGCUUGGGAAAUGCUUCAUAAGUCUUUGGGCCAAGAUUGGAACACUAUUUUUGCUGAAUCAUAUCCUGUUUCUGAAAUUAUUGAAUCUCCCUAUACUACCUUCAAUAUUUUCGUUAAUGGGAAAGCAAGAGCACUGUUUAAAGGUCUCAAAAAUCUCAUAUCAAAGACAGAAACAGAAAUCUUAAACGAAGCUUUACUGCAUGGUAUUGAAAAAUAUAUUGGAAACAGCGAUAUAAAAAGAAUUAUCGUAAAAAGUGGACUUAUAAGUAUUCUCACAAACUCCAAGAAGUGA